AUGGGAAAGAAAGGCGGAAAGGCGAAGAAGGCCAAUGCGGCUCCGAAUCCGAAGUCGCCGAAGACCCCAACCUCCGCCAGAUCCCUGCGGCGAGCAGGAGCAACAAGGUCACUUUUCGAUUUCGGCGUCGUUGAUGAUGAGCCGGUUGUCGACAGACCACCUCUUCUGGUGGAUGACACGAUUGAGAUAACGGUCUACACGAAGCAGCUGAAGACACUGUGCAGCAUCAGGGCCUACAGAGGCUGGAAGCUGUCCGAUCUGAAGGAUGGAAUCUGGACGGAGACCAGCAUUGCCCCGAUUGAGCAGAAGAUUUACGUCAACAACGAAGAGAUGCCCAAGAAUGUGCUGUUCCAAGAUCUUUUUCCUGCUGCGGUUGCCGGGGCAGCUGUGACAUUGACAAGGCGAUCUCCCGAGCAGUCAGUCUGGCUGAAGAAGUGCAUGGAGUAUGGCCUUCAGCUACAAUAUGCUCCGAAGGACAUGCAAAAUGACCUGGAGGUUGUCUUGGCAGCAGUGAAGCGGAACCCAAAAGCAAUCCAGUACGCGUCCCCGGCCCUACGGAGCCAGACCCAGGUUCUACUCGCCGCCCUCACCCAGGACGUGGACACUGCAGACUUUCUGGAUCCCUCGGUUUGGUCCAAGCGCGAAUUCGUGCUCGAGGCCGUCAGAAUCGAUUGGCAGCUGCUGCGGAUGGCCUGCGAGGAGUUCCAGAAGGAUCCGGAAGUCGUCCUUGCAGCCAUCCGGGGCCCCAAAGGGCACUGGGACGCCAUUAGCGCUGGCUCUCCGGAAGUGUGGGAGCACAUCGAAGUCCCACGAGCAGCCGCGGAAACGGGUGGUUGGACUGUUCAUGACAUCGCGCCGCACGAGCUUCAGGCUGGUCUCAGAAAGGACAAGCAGUUCGCGCUGAGCUGCGUGCGCCUGGAUUGGCGAAACUUAGAGAAGAUCGAUGUUCACCUUCUCAACGAUCUGGACAUUGCGCUGGCAGCCGUGUCUCAGGACUGGCGAGCUUUGCAAUGGCUACACGAAGACUUGCGGAGCGAUGAGGAGGUGAUCCGCACGGUGGUGCAGCACAACUUUCUGUGCCUCACCCUGGCCUUGGAGGAGUUUCCGAUUGAGCAGCCGGUGGUGCUUCAGAUCGUCCGGCAGAACUGGGAGCUCUAUGCGCACAUCAAGGAGGAGCUGCGGAUCGAUCCACAGCUUUCCCUGGCCGCCAUCUCCCAGUGCUGGCGCGCCUUGGAUUUUGCCCCAGAGGCUCGAAAGGCUGACCCAGAAGUGGUCACCGUCGCCUGCAGGCAGAACAGCGAGGCGAUCCUACUGGCCUCGCCCAGCAUGUUUGCCCACAAGGGUGUGAUGUCCAUCGUCCUCCAGGAAGAUCCGAUGAAGCUGCAGCUGGCAGCCGACAACGUGAAGGACGACGAAAAGAUGGUCCUGGAUGCUGUUAACAGAGACUGGCGCUGUCUACAGUACGCCUCUGACCGUGUGCGUUCGAUUCCAGACGUAGUUUUCCCGGCGCUUAUGCACGACCUCUGCGUUAUGGAUUGGGCAUCGACGGCACUCAGAUCAGAUGCGGCGGCGAUGCUGAAAUUCAUUCGCCACCGGAAAGAUGUGUUUCCUUUCGUGACGGACUCACUCAUUGCAGAUCCGGAGUUUGUCCACGCAGUCGGAUCGGAUAAGAAGCUGGGGCGGAAGCUAGUGAUGGGCAUCCUCCAGCGCAACUGGCGGUCUUUGGAGCACGUGCCCGACUUCAUGAAGAGGGACCCUGAGAUAAUCCUCACGGCUGCCAAAGUCGACUGGCAUGCCAUUGAAAUGGUCGAAGACUUCUACGACUGCUGGUACCACCCAAAGAUCGCGCUGGCUGCCGUGGAGCAAGACUACAAGAACAUACUGAACCUCAACUCGUCCAUGUGGGAAGACUUGGCGAUCGUUGUAGCCGCGGUCCAGCAGAACUACAAUAUCCUGGAGGAAGCACCUGACUUCCUCGUUCGGAGGCUGUGGUCGGAGGAGGAAGUUGUUCGAGCCGCCGUCGCGCAGGAUCCGUCGGUGAUGAAGAAGGCAGCGAAGCCACUGUGGGCAGAGAAAGAACUCGUGCUCGAGGCAUGCCGCGGUGACUGGACGAUCAUGGAGAAAUGCCCCAAGGAGUUGGUCAGGGCGUAUUGGAAGGACAAGGAUUUUGCCAUUGCCGCGGUGGCCCAGUCAAUAGAUGCAAUGAAGAAGCUCCCCGACAGCUUCUGGGAGGACAAGGAAAUCAUGCGUGUUGCGGCAAAAACCGACUCCAAAGUUAUCUACAAGUGUUCGGCCUACAACCAGAAGUCUCUCCUGGAGGACAGGGAGAUUGUUCUCACCUGCGUUGCACAGAAUGGCUUGAUGCUGAAAGAUGCUGAUGAAAGCUUGCAGUACGACAUGGAGAUCGUCAAGACUGCCGUGAAGGAGAAUUGGACAGUGAUGGACAAGGUGAGCAAGUACUACCAGAAUGUCUACUGGAAUGACGAGGAGUGUGCAAGGGUGGCCCUCUUCCUUGGCUCCAAGUCCGCAGAGGCAGAUCUCUCCUCUCUGGAGAAGGUGGGCCCAAAGCUCCAGCAGAACAAGGCAUUCAUCUUUGACUGCGUGCGGGCACGAGGCAAGCUCCUGGAACUGGCGAGGGAGUUCUGGGACGACGCCGACAUCGUCCAGGCGGCUGUGGCACAAGACGGCAUGGCCUUACAGUUCGCAUCAGAGCGGCUGCGUGCCGACUAUGGCGUGGUCAAGGUGGCAGCAGCUCAGAACCCAGGGGCCUUGAACUUCGCAAAUGAGGAGCUUCUGGAACAAGGAAAGCUCAAAGACGCGAAGUGA